GAAGGCUCGCAGCGCCGCGCGGCUGCGGGAGGCGGUGGGGCCGGGGCCGCCGCUGAGGCCGCCGGAGCCGGCCGGAGCCGGCGCUGAGGAGGGGCCAUGAGCUGGUUCAAUGCCUCGCAGUUGUCCAGCUUCGCCAAGCAGGCCCUGUCCCAGGCCCAGAAGUCCAUCGACAGGGUCCUGGACAUCCAGGAGGAGGAGCCGAGCGCCUGGGCCGAGGCCAUCCCGUACGGCGAGCCGGGAAUAAGUCCCCCUGUGAGUGGAGGAUGGGACACUUCAACCUGGGGAUUGAACUCAAGCAGCGAACCUCAGAGUCCCCCAACAGCCUCUCAAGCAAUUACAAAGCCAGUUCGAAGGACUGUAGUAGAUGAAUCUGAAAAUUUCUUCAGUGCCUUUCUCUCUCCGUCGGAUGUCCAGACCAUUCAGAAGAGCCCAGUGGUAUCAAAACCUCCAGCUAAAUCCCAGCGGCCAGAGGAAGAAGUGAAAAGCAGCUUACAAGAAUCGUCAUCUCCCGGCCAGUCCAGAGCUUCGGAGACAGCUGAAGUGAGAGACUCCGUGUGUGUUUCGGGAGAGACUCCAGCCGUGGGCACUCCCUCACCUGUAGCUGAAGACAAGCAGGAAGAAACGGCAGGUGAAGAGGCUGAGGUGAAGGUGCCCACGGUGAGAUUGAAGGCGUCUGAAAACGUCGUUAAUGUAAACACAACAGAAGAUGUAUCUACCACAUCCGCUCAGUCUUUCCCGGCAGAAACGAAGGAGAUGGCUGUGGAACCUAAAGAACAAAAGCACGAAGACAGACAGAGCAACACACCUUCUCCUCCUGUGAGCUCCUUCUCGUCGGGCACCUCCACCACUAGUGACAUAGAAGUUUUAGAUCACGAGAGUGUAAUCAGUGAGAGCUCGGCCAGCUCGAGGCAAGAGACUUCGGAUGCAAAGUCGAGUCUUCACCUCAUGCAGACGUCGUUUCAGCUCCUCUCUGCGUCUGCUUGCCCCGAGUACAGCCGCUUAGAUGACUUCCAGAAGCUCACCGAGAGUUGCUGCUCCUCGGAUGCUUUCGAAAGAAUAGACUCAUUUAGCGUGCAGUCUCUAGAUAGCCGGAGCGUAAGUGAGAUCAACUCAGACGAUGAGCUGCCAGGCAAAGGCGGCUAUGCUUUAGUACCGAUAGUAGUGAGUCCUUCAACCCCUAAGACUAAAGUAGUAGAAUCUACUGAAGAGAAUGCUGAAGAAGAGGAAGGAAACGAGACAUUAGUUGCGCCUUCUGAGGAAGCAGAAUUAGAGGAAAGUGGCCGCAGUGCUACUCCAGUGAACUGUGACCAGCCAGAUACAUUGGCUUCUCCCACAGCAGGAAGUGGCGGGCACUCUGCCUCUGGACCGGCCACUGAGCAGUGUGAAGCUGUUGAAAACCAGCCAAAAGCAUUGCCGGAGAAAGAUGUUUGCAAGACAGUUGAAUUUCUGAAUGAGAAGCUAGAAAAGAGGGAGACUCAGUUAUUGUCCCUCAGUAAAGAAAAGGCACUUCUGGAGGAAGCUUAUGAUAACCUGAAGGAUGAAAUGUUCAGAGUAAAAGAAGAAAGUAGUAGCAUUUCUUCCCUGAAAGAUGAGUUUACCCAGAGAAUUGCAGAAGCAGAGAAGAAAGUCCAACUAGCCUGCAAGGAGAGAGAUGCUGCUAAGAAGGAAAUGAAAACCAUAAAGGAAGAACUUGCCACUAGAUUAAAUAGUAGUCAAACUGCAGACCUGUUGAAGGAAAAAGAUGAACAGAUCCAAGGUUUAAUGGAAGAAGGAGAAAAACUUUCAAAGCAGCAGCUGCAUAAUUCCAACAUCAUUAAGAAAUUAAGAGCUAAAGAUAAAGACAAUGAAAAUGUCAUUGCAAAGCUGAACAGAAAAGCUAAGGAGCUGGAAGAGGAGUUACAGCACUUAAGACAGGUCCUUGAUGGCAAAGAGGAGGUUGAGAAACAACAUAGAGAAAAUAUUAAAAAACUAAAUUCUGUGGUAGAACGCCAGGAGAAAGAUCUUGGCCGACUUCAGGUAGACAUGGAUGAACUUGAAGAGAAGAGCCGAAGUACUCAGGCUGCCCUAGAUAGUGCGUAUAGNGAACUUACCGAUCUUCACAAAGCCAGUGCUGCUAAGGACAGUGAGGUACAGGAAGCNGCUCUGAGGCGUGAGAUGAAGGCUAAAGAAGAACUUUCUGGGGCACUGGAGAAGGCCCAGGAAGAAGCCCGUCAACAGCAAGAGGCAUUAGCGCUUCAGGUGGGGGACCUCAGGCUAGCGCUGCAGCGGGCGGAGCAAGCAGCUGCCAGGAAAGAGGAUUACUUACGCCAUGAGAUCAGUGAACUUCAGCAGGUAUUGUCUCAUGCUUUCCCAAGCACAAGGUCAAAAGUGUAUCUCUUGAAGUAAUGUGACCACUCAGGAGGCUAGUAUUCCUGGAUCGAAAGUGUUACUACCAGUUGGCACAUGUUUACCCUGGAGAAGAGUCUUUCUGAUAGGCUUGGUGAAUCACAGACCUUGUUGGCGGCAGCAGUUGAAAGAGAACGUGCAGCUACAGAAGAACUCCUGGCCAACAAAAUCCAGAUGUCUUCAGUGGAGUCACAGAAUACGUUAUUACGACAGGAAAACAGUAGACUUCAGGCCCAGCUAGAGUCAGAGAAAAAUAAACUAAGAAAACUAGAGGAUGAAAAUAGUCGGUACCAAGUUGAAUUAGAAAACCUAAAAGAUGAAUAUGUAAGAACGCUUGAAGAGUCAAGGAAAGAAAAGACACUUUUGAGCAGUCAGUUAGAAAUGGAAAGAAUGAAAGUUGAACAAGAAAGGAAGAAAACCAUUUUCACUCAAGAAGCACUAAAAGAAAAGGACCACAAGCCGUUUUCUGUUUGUAGCACUCCCACCAUGUCACGCUCCAGCUCUAUAAGUGGAGUCGAUGCUGCAGGGCUGCAAGCAUCCUUCCUGUCUCAGGAUGAGUCUCAUGACCAUUCAUUUGGGCCAAUGUCUACAUCAGCCAGUGGAAGCAAUCUUUAUGAAGCUGUAAGGAUGGGAGCUGGAUCGAGCAUUAUUGAAAAUCUGCAGUCUCAGCUAAAGCUGAGGGAAGGAGAAAUUAGUCAUUUACAGCUAGAAAUUAGUAACCUAGAAAAAACUCGAUCCAUAAUGUCCGAAGAGCUAGUUAAAUUAACAAAUCAGAAUGAUGAACUUGAGGAGAAAGUGAAAGAGAUACCCAAGCUUCGAGUUCAGCUGCGAGUAAGUAUUCUUCACUUAGGGAUGAGUCUAAGAUAUUUUAAUCCAGUAAUUAUUCCUUUCCCUGGUUUUAGUUUACAUAAAAUGUGUAUGGAUGACUUGGUAAUUUUGUUGGAAAUGAAUGAGUCAAUAGUUGAGUAAAGAAUGUUAGAGAUG